AGCAGGCAGUAGCUCGCGCGUGCUCGCCGUGGACGCAGCCCGAGCGUUUCGCUCAUGGACACUGUUUAUUUUGUUUUACGAAAUAAUAAUACGUAAAAUUAAUCGUAUUUCCAAAGAAACAGUGAUUUUUUUAGUCGCAUACUGUACGAUUUAUGUUUAUGAGCACGUGUUUUACUCAUUUUUAUGUUAAACUUAUCGAUUUGUCGUAACUCUUAACCGAAUUAGCCGCUCCAACAUUUUCGACUACGAAUUCGUUCGACACAAAGUCGCGGUGUGUAUUCUGAAAAGUUGUCAGUGCUUUCAGUGUUUGCUGUGUAAGCUCGUACUGUCCCUUUCUACUGUUACGAAAGGGAAAGGAAGGCCAGAUUGCACGGUGAAAAUUGUUCUGUUUUUCAUAAUUUUCUUUGCCAUGCGUUGAAAGGAUUAAGAAAUCAUCGCUUCGAUAUCUUAUGCAUACAAGAAUAUUAUAAGUACAGAACAAAUAGACGCACCGCCCACGGAGUGAGAUAACGCAGCUUCCCGUCCACAGAGAAAUUAAUCUGGCACCCCGUAACAGGAAACAUGACGAUAAAGUGCUAUACGUCGUAGUGGAGUGUUAGCGAGGGAGCCGCGCCAUAUUGCCGACAUUUGAAUAUGUUCAGCUGACACCUGCCAAUAACUCCUAGUAACCGACAUGUCGACUCACCACGCGACGCCCACCUCGGCCAACACUUGCGCCGCCUUCAUGCAAUCAGCCAGAAACGAAACAAACGCAACCCAACCAAAAAGUACAUUACCCAUGAAGCACAUAGAAAUCUCGUUCAGACAAACAACUAGCAUAAAACAAAGGACGCGAACGAUACCAAUCAGCUGUAGAGACACCACGCGCAGCCAUUCCAAUGAUAACGUAGUCGAAAAUAAAACCUUGACUGAUUUAGAUAGCUUUACGAUAAUGAAUAACCGAGAAAACGAAUGCCCAUACGAGUUCGAAAGGCUACGUUCGACCGGCACCGGAGACGAGUCUCGAUGCGAGGUGCAUAAGAAAGAAGACGUAUACGGAAAAGGUUCGAUUAUCAGAAAGAGAGUCGACGUAUACGGUGGCACAAGGCAAGCCGCCGAUUUGAAAUUUAAAUGCAUACGGAGUGCUCAAGAGUGGAUGGAGGCAGUCGGAAGGACAAUGGGCACUCGCGUGUGCGCCGUUGCAGUAAUAGGGUUAUUACUGACGAUGUUGGCGACCAGUACCGCCGCGCCAACCGGCCACCGAGCCAUGAGGCACAUUCAUCACGAGAAAUCAGCGAGAGGCUACUUGGAGAGGUUUGGCUACUUAAGCAAAGGACGACCAGAAAUGGCAAACCUUUUAAUGGGAAACUCCGUACAAUCAUACGAAGAUGAUUUCAGGAUUGCAAUAAAAACAUUACAAGAAUUUGGUGGUAUAGCCGUUACGGGCGAGUUAGACGAAGCCACGAAGAAGUUAAUGAAACAAAAACGCUGUGGCAGACCUGAUAGAGAAGAAUGGGAGUCGGAAAACGGACACAGAAAAAAAAGAUUUGCAGUACAAGGAGAGAAGUGGAAAUACACAAACUUAACUUGGAGCUUGUCAUCGGUGCGGCGGCCGUCGCAACUGGACCCCGGCGAGACGAGGAGCGUGCUGGCGCGCGCGCUCGACGUAUGGGAGCAGGCCUCGCGUCUCACAUUCACGGAGAUUAACUCGGAGGAAGCAGACAUCGUUGUCGCCUUUGCUAGAGGCGCUCACGAUGAUGCGUAUCCAUUCGAUGGGCGAGGUGCGAUAUUAGCCCACGCUUUCUUUCCGGGCACUGGCCGCGGAGGAGAUGCGCACUUUGACGACGACGAACUAUGGCUGUUGCACCCUAAAAACGAUGACGAAGAAGGCACAUCCCUCUUUGCCGUUGCUGCUCACGAAUUCGGCCAUUCACUUGGUCUUAGCCACAGUUCAGUGAAGGGGGCUCUUAUGUUCCCUUGGUAUCAAGGUAUUCAGCCCAAUUUCGUGUUACCUGAAGAUGACCGCAAUGGUAUCCAACAAAUGUACGGUCCUAAAGUGAACAAUAGGAAAUGGGCCAAAAUCCCGUACAGACCUGUUGAAACUCCACCGCCAACCACAACUACUACCACAACUACCACCACAACUACUCGAAGACCAUACGUUUAUUACCCGAACCAUCAUGACCGAAACUAUCCACGUAAACCAGAUUAUAUUCCGUAUCCCCAUGAUCCAUCGAGAUUUCCUAAUUACCCGAGAAGACCUACUAAAACCUACCCAGAACGACCCACAUACUAUCCAACUCGCCGAUUUUACAAUACUAGCGAAGAAAUACCGCGCAGAAGAUACCACCAGCAUCAUCCACGACCUACAGAAACGACCACUCAUGCCGUCACUUACAGGCCCCAUUAUCCUACUGUUAGACAUGAAUAUCCCACCAAUCCUAGACAUAAUUACCCAAAUGAACCAAGGCGGGAUUAUCCAAGGAAGUACUAUCCUGAAAGAACGACACAAAGACCAACCCGAGCCCCGGAAUCAGAUAAACCAGAUACUUGUAACACCAGCUACGAUGCUGUCGCCCUCAUACGUGGAGAAUUAUUCAUAUUUAAGAAUAGGUACCAUUGGAGGAUAGGAGCUUACGGACGAUACCCUGAUUAUCCGAUGGAGAUUACUAGGAUGUGGCCUAGUCUACCAAGAAAUCUUACGCACGUUGAUGCAGUAUAUGAAAGACCCGACAAAAAGAUAGCUAUAUUCAUAGGUAAAGAAUUGUAUUUGUUCAGUACACAAACUUUAUUACCGGGCUAUCCAAGACCAUUAGCAAGACUUGGUUUACCUCCAACUUUAGAAAAAAUAGACGCAGCCAUGGUGUGGGGUUACAAUGGCAAAACGUACUUCUAUAGCGGGACAAUGUAUUGGAAAUACGAUGAGGACGAAGGUCGAGUAGAACUCGACUACCCACGCAGUAUGGCAAUGUGGAAAGGAGUUAGCUACAAUAUAGAUAGCGUUUUCCAAUGGAAAGACGGCAAAACGUACUUCUUCAAAGGAAAAGGCUAUUGGAAGUUUAAUGACCUACAAAUGCAAGUAGAAAACGAGAAGCAAUUGCCGUCUGCGCAAUACUGGAUGGGAUGUCCGGCAGAGGGCGGCAGUGGACGCCUACCGCCUGCACCCGGCUCUACACUGCGAUCACCAAGCGCAGCAACCUCUAUAUAUAUUAGUAUAUUAACUUUAUUAACUUGUGCAAUGAUGCCGUAUAUUUAAAAUAGAUUUAAUAUGUACUGCUAAUAAAAAAUAAAAUCAGAUGUAUGCUGUAGUCUGUACACCUGAUUUUAUUUUAUUUGGACAAUAAAUGUCCCAAUACAAGUGAAAAUCAUUAAACCAAACUAGCUUUUCACCAGCGACUCACCCGCUCGAUAGCCCUGGUCGCAUGAAUACGGCUAUACAUAGUAAAAAAUAAUUAUUAAUUACUUCCUUGCGGCUACAAGUAAUAUACCAAAUUGUAUAACUUACCGCAGCUUAAUAUGAUCUUAUUAAAAGAUGUUCGUGUGUUACAAAACUUUGUAUCGAUUGUGUUAAUAAGUUAUAUUUUGUAUAAUAUAUUCAACAUUUUGCCGAAGGACGCGGAAAUAUUUCCGUGCAUAAAUUAAUUUAAGUAAAAGAGCUGUACAAUAUUUAGGAGGUAUGUUACAUGUGAGAAAAAAAAUGAUUGUGCGUUAAUUGACUUGUCAAAUGCGUUCUGUCGAUAUCGUGUUUAUUGGCAGAAAAUGGAUUGAUCUUUUUUAUAACAUGCCGUGCGAUCAAAAUCUCUACUCAGACGAAGCUUCGCGCACACGUUAUACCAAUAAAUAAAAGUGCAAUAAAAAGAACAUAAAAUAAAUAAUUGUUUUUACGAAAAUUAGUAAAUAUGUGCCACUUUACAAUAUAUUAUAAGCAAAAAAAAUUAACAAGUAGAAUCCUGUAAUGCAUAAUAUUUUUACUUAACAAUUACAUAUCGAAAUAUGUCUGAUUUAAGACUUAGAAUAAUUAACGUAUUUGCGCAAAUAUGCACUGCCUGUUAUUAUUAACUACGUAAUAUGUAACAUAGUUAUGUAAAAGUUUAAUUAUAAUAGUACAUAGGAAUAAAGCGAUUUAUUUCUUCUAAUUAUUAUAUGUACAUUUUGAUCUCAAUACGAUCGAGUGCUUGAUUUGUUAAAGACAUGUAAGGUAUAUAACACCAUUCAUUUAGCUUCUGUACAGUAUGUACUCGUAAUGUCUAUCGAUGUCAGUAUUUAAUAUGAAAAUAGUUGUUUCAAAUAAAAUGUUAUUAUGUACACAGUCACUGAAUAUAUACCCUAAACCAUAAAGUAUAUUUUCAUACGAAAAAAAAUAUAUAUUAUAUUUCCACAAGAAUGCCUUAGUCAAUGAAUAUUCAAAUAUGCAUUUAUAGAUUAGGUUGUAGUCUUGUAAUCUCUACCUACUUAUUCUGUCUGUAUGCUCUUUUGAUCUACGUGAUAUUUUAUAAGUAACUUAUUUAUCUCUUAUGCUGGUUAAGAGGUACACUUUAUAUAGUAAUUUGUAAAUUAUAUGGACGAAUAGUAUAUUUAUACGUUAGGCACUAUCGUUGUAUAAUAUUAAAUGUCGUAUAACCCAUUAUGAUACAUAAAUAUUUUAAACUUAUGGCCUUAUAUGUACUGUGAAAUAGGCUAAAGAUUGUUGUAUGUUGGAAAACUACGUAUGUGGUUCUGUUGUAUUGCCAAUUUCGAAUAGAUCGGAAAUUGAUAAUGGUGCUUAUACUUAAUAGUUAGUUGUUGUAAAUAAUAAAUAACCAUUGGAUAUUUUUGUAUGUUGCUGUUGUCUUUCAACAUAAAUCAAUGUUUACCAUAAUGCUAAUAAAUGUAUUAUCUAUA